GCCAAUUACGCUAGAUAUCAGUGACUCACGAAAGUGCUUGACUUAGAUCGAUCCAGACCGUCGAGCAGCAUGAGCGGGCGAAAACUCAACCCCGAAGAGCAAAAGCUCCACAAAGCUGCGCUUUCCAGCCCAGACAAGGUAUUAACCUCAAAAGAAGCUGAAAAAAUCAUCCCAGAUGUAUCUGCGCGCACUGCAGCAGUCAACUUCCUUCUGGGAGCUGGCAUGCUCAAAGUCCUGUCCAAUGCAGCAGGCAUCAUCUCCUUCCGAGCUGUGAUGAAAAAGGAGAUAGAAGUGAAAAAAGAUAUGAGCGGUGAAGAGGCCAUGGUACUUGGUCAUAUUCAAGCUUCGGCAAAUGAAGGCAUCUGGACGAAACACCUAAAAGCCAAAACAGAAUUGCACCAAACUGUCAUCGAUAGAUGCCUCAAAUCACUCGUUCAGAAGCAGCUUGUGAAGGCUAUCAAAGCUGUCAGGCACCCAACCCGCAAGAUCUACAUGCUUGCGCACCUAGAACCUUCAGUCGAGCUCACAGGUGGGCCAUGGUACACUGACAAUGAACUCGACACAGAAUUCAUCAAGCUCCUCUCAACCGCAUGUCUGCAUUACAUCCGGGACCGCUCCUUCCCAAAACAAAGCUCCAAAGCUUCCCAAAAUGAAUACAAACUCUACUCCGUAGGCACUGCACCCUCGUACCCAUCUGCUCAGCACAUCCAGCAUUUCUUAAGUAAGAGCAAAAUCACAGAGACGCAAUUGGGCGUUGAGCAUGUUGAGAUGCUUUUGAGAGUAUUGGAGUUGGACGGAGAGAUCGAGAAGUUACCUGCGUUCACAGCAUCUGCUUGGGACGCUACAGUCGACCCUGACGGUUCGACUCGGACUCGGAACUCAGAUGCAGCUGCUCGCACAAAGCGUAAACGCAGCUCAUCAAAAAAGAAGAAAGGAAGUAAAACUAAAACGCAAAAACGGCGGCGUAUGGAGGAAUCAAGCGGUCUCAGUGAAGGCGACAGUGAUGAUGACGAGUCUCAAGAUGAGGAACGGCAGAGACAGAAGAGGAAGCGAAGGAAGAAGGAAGAGAGCGAUGAGGAGGAGGAUCGCAAGAGUAAGAAGAAAAAGAAACGAAAAAGCCGAGAACAAGAGGAUGAAAGCGGGAGUGAAGAUAGUGAUGAUGAUGAUCGUAAGUCCUCGACGUCUAAACGCAAGGGCAAGGGCAAAGGGAAGAAGCUGGAUGAUUCUUCUGACGAUGAUUCUAAAUCUGAAUCUGACUCCGACGAUCAUCGCUCGAAAUCGAAAUCGAGCUCAAAAUCAAAGUCGAAGAAAACGAAAACAAAGACAAAAACAAAGACAGGGAAGAAGCCACCUUCAAGUUCAAAACGCGUUAAGUUCGAGCCUCCGGAGGUAGAUGACAAUAUCAUCGUCGGAGGAGCCUUUGUCUACCGAGCUAUCCGCCAAGAACGAGUAGCGCUAGGAUGGUCUCAAGCUCCAUGCGGUAGAUGUCCAGUAUUUGACUUCUGUCGCGACAAGGGGCCUACGAACCCACAAGAUUGCGUGUAUUACGGGGAGUGGUUGAAUUUCAAGGGGACGUGUGAAGGGGCGUCAGGGGUUGCGAAAGGGGAAGUAAAGUGACAAGAAGUACAUGUUGGUAACGCUCGCGUAACUCUGUUCUUAUACAUGCGAUAUGUACCCGGUCUCAAGGAUUGAGAAUGAUGACUUCCUUGUCCUUAUGCUGAAAGUCUCAUGCUGCGACAAAAAAACAGGCCCC